CGCUCGCACCGGAAGUGUUGGUAAUGUGGUGCCUGAAACCGGUACCGUGAGGCUCGGGAGAUGAAGUCGGUGUUAAUGGUGGCGGAAAAGCCGUCCCUGGCUCUUUCCAUUGCCAAGAUCCUAUCGCGGGGGAACUUGAACUCACGGAAAGGUUUGAAUGGAGUAUGCUCUGUGCAUGAGUACACUGGGACCUUCCUGGGGCAGAAUGUCCGAUUCAAGGUGACAUCGGUCUGCGGUCACGUGAUGACCUUGGAUUUCAUAGGGAAAUAUAACAAUUGGGACAAAGUUGAUCCAGCAGAACUUUUUAGCAAAGCACCAACUGAAAAGAAGGAAGCCAACCCCAAACUCAAUAUGGUGAAGUUUUUACAGGUAGAAGGGCGAGGCAUUGACUAUAUUGUCCUCUGGCUGGAUUGUGACAAGGAAGGAGAAAACAUCUGCUUUGAGGUACUGGAUGCCAUUAAACCUGUUAUGAAUAUUCCCCAUGGAAAUGAAAGGGUGAUUUAUCGUGCAAAGUUCAGUGCUAUAACGGACAGUGACAUUAGCAAGGCCAUGAACCAUUUGGGAGAACCUAAUCGGAAUGAAGCACUGUCAGUUGAUGCACGGCAGGAGCUUGACCUGAGAGUGGGUUGUGCUUUUACAAGGUUUCAGACUAAAUAUUUUCAGGGUAAAUAUGGGAAUUUGGACAGUUCUCUCAUCUCAUUUGGACCCUGUCAGACGCCUACUCUUGGUUUCUGUGUAGAGAGACAUGACAAGAUCCAGUCUUUCAAGCCUGAGACGUACUGGGUCCUGCAAGCAAAGGUUAGUAAUUGUGCCGGUGAUUCCAUGGUUCUAGACUGGGACAGAGUCAGAGUUUUUGAUCGAGAAGUGGCACAGAUGUAUCUUAAUAUGACAAAAUCUGUGAAAGAAACAAAGGUGCAAACUGUGACUAAAAAGGAAAAGGUGAAGCAAAGACCACAGGCACUUAACACUGUGGAGAUGUUACGUGUAGCAAGCUCGGCCCUGGGGAUGGGCCCUCAGCAUGCAAUGCAAGUAGCAGAGAAACUGUACACACAAGGAUAUAUCAGUUACCCUCGAACAGAAACCACACAAUAUCCAGAAAACUUUGACCUCAAAGGAACCCUCCGACAGCAGGCAAACAACCCCUACUGGAGUGAAGAGGUGAAAGCAUUACUUGCUGAAGGCAUCAAUCGUCCUCGGAAGGGCCAAGAUGUAGGUGAUCAUCCACCUAUAACCCCAAUGCGUUCAGCUACAGAAGCUGAAUUAGGUAGUGAUGGCUGGAGACUUUAUGAGUACAUUACCAGACACUUCAUUGCUACAAUUAGCUUUGACUGCAAAUACCUCCAAACCACAAUCACUUUCAGUAUUGAUGAGGAACAUUUUACUUGUUCAGGGAAGACUUUACUUUCAGCUGGUUACACCGCAGUGAUGCCAUGGCAAAGCCUAGCAGAUGAGGAGACGCUUCCAGUCUGUGAGCGAGGUGAUGGGUUUACUGUCAAUGAGGUCAAGCUGUUGGAGAAACAGACAAAUCCACCCGACUACCUGACAGAGUCAGAACUCAUCACUUUAAUGGAAAAACAUGGCAUUGGAACAGAUGCCAGUAUUCCUGUUCACAUCAACAACAUCUGUCAACGCAACUAUGUAACCGUGGAAAAUGGCCGCAGAUUGAAACCCACAAAUCUUGGAAUUGUUCUUGUUCAUGGAUAUUACAAAAUUGACCAGGAGCUUGUCCUUCCCACUAUCCGCAGUGCAGUCGAGAAGCAGCUUGGUCUCAUUGCUGCAGGCAAGGCUGAUUUCCCUCCGGUACUGGAGCAUGCUCUGAAUAUCUUCAAACGGAAGUUCCAUUACUUUGUAGACUCAAUAGGAGGUAUGGAUGAAUUGAUGGAGGUGUCUUUUUCUCCCAUCGCUGAAACAGGGAAGCCUCUGUCCCGUUGUGGCAAGUGCCAUCGAUUCAUGAAAUACAUUCAGGCCAAACCAAGCCGGAUGCAUUGUUCCCAUUGUGAUGAUACCUACAGCUUGCCCCAAAACGGAACUAUCAAACUGUAUAAGGAACUCCGCUGUCCACUAGAUGAGUUUGAACUGGUUCUUUGGUCUUCUGGUUCCAGAGGAAAGAGCUACCCGCUGUGUCCAUAUUGCUACAACCAUCCACCAUUCCGUGAUAUGAGGAAAGGAAUGGGAUGCAAUGAAUGCACCCAUCCGACCUGUCAACAUUCAUUGAGCUUGCUGGGGAUUGUCCAGUGUGUUGAUUGUGACAGCGGUGUGCUGGUCUUCGACCCUACCUCAGGCCCCAAAUGGAAGAUGGCAUGUAACAAAUGCAACGUGGUGGUGCACUUCUUCGAAAAUGCCCACAGAGUGAAAGUAUCAUCUGAAACCUGUGACGUGUGCGAAGCAGCAAUCGUUGAUGUAGAUUUCAACAAAGCAAAAUCCCCACUGCCUGGUGAAGCAACACAGCAUUCAGGCUGUGUCUUCUGUGAUCCAGUGUUUCAAAACCUUGUCGAACUUCAGUAUGCCAAAAUGAAACACCCAAUGCACAGAAGUGGUGGAGGGCAGGGACGAAGACGGGGCCGAGGGAGAGGCAGGGGACGUAGAACUCCAGGCAGGGGCAAUCCAAAGAAACCCAAAGACAAAAUGGCUGCACUAGCUGCUUAUUUUGUGUAGGUGUAAAUAAGCGAUUGAAUAAUGCAUGGAUGCAUUUUCAUUGCUUUGUUAGGGAAUUUGUAAUCUUCCUGCUUUGUUCUAACUGAAAGUCUGAAAUAAAGCCUGAAACCCCAAGGAAAUGAGGAAAAGGAAAAGAAAACUCAGAAGAAACUAUGGAAUCUGCAGGUUGUGCAGCUAGGAUUUGGGCACAUGACUAUGUCAAACUAAAAUAGCUCACCUUCAAAAUAAAAUAAAAUAUGUGGUUCGUGAGGCCUCCGAAUAUAUACAAAUGGUGCUAAAUUUAUUAUUAGUUUAGUUGUGUUGUUCAUACAAUAUACAGUUUGCCUUGUCCUAGAAAUGUUUAACUUUGUGCUUCAAAUGUGUUGAAUAAUUGCUGAUUGCAAUUAUUCUGAUUGCAGUUCUCUGAUUGCUGAGCUGGCAAAUGUAUGACAUGUUACAGCUUGGAGAAAAUUAGCAUUCAGUACUGAUCUCAGCCAGUUGUAGGAAUGGCAGUAAGAAAACUUUUUUUUCAUGUUCUUAGUUGGGUACAGAUCAAGGGGAACUGACUGAGCAUUUUUUACUCUAAAGAGCAUAGUGUACAUGCAAGCCCAUAAAAUGAGAACAAGUCCUUCAAAAAGGAGAUCCAAUAUCCCUGCUCAUGAAUUGAGAAUUAUCAAUGCAAUAAUUUAAGCCUUGGGUUUUUGUUGAAAUGUGUUGAAGUUGACUGGUUAAGUUUUCACAAAGUUCAGGAAGUAAGCAUUUGGCGAUGAAACAUGCAAUGAAAACAAUGUGUAACAAUUAUGACAUGUUCAACUGGCACAAUGAAUAUUUAUCCAGGAGCAUUUCCAGUGCAUUGUUUAUAAUGUCUGACCACUCUGAACAAGAGUGAUAGAUUCAUACAGAACAGAACCAGGUCCUUUGGCUCAUCACAUCCUCGCUGUUUGUUGCAAUUAUCUAUACUAAUCACAUUUGCCCACAUUAAGUCCAUACCCUGCUAUGCCCUAGCUAUACCAAAUGCAGCUUACAGAUUGCAAUUACAUCCGCCACCACCAUCUUAUUUGGCAGCAUGUCCCAGAUAGCGACCAAUCUGGUGAAACACUGCCCUCUCAGAUCUCUUGUAAACCUACUCCUAUCUGCCUUAAACCUAUGUCCUCUUGUUUUAGACACCCCUCCCCCAACCCCUAAUAGGAAAUUUAUUCUUUCUAUAUCAUGCUUUUAAAUACCCCUAUCAGGUCACAACUCAGACUCCUUACAUCCUGGUGAACCUCCUCUGUACUUUCUUCAGCACAACUACAUCCUUUAGUCAACUCACGGGCUGAACACAUGUUGUGACAAAUACAAAAUGCUGGAGGAACUCAGCAGGUCAGGCAGCAUCUAUGGAAAGAAAUAAACAGGCAAAGUGUCUUUGCCUGAAACGUUGACUGUUUAUUCCUUUCCAUAGAUGCUGUCUGACCUGCUGAGUUCCUCCAGAAUUUUGUGUGUGUUACUCUGGAUUUUCAGCAUUUGCAGAAUCUCUGGUGUUUAGAACUCUUAGUUUGAGUGACUUUAAUGGGAGUAAAGUUCAUUUUCCCACAAUAACAAAAGAUAAAUUUCUCACCCAAAUGUUCUCAUGAAUGUUAACACACUUAUUGUUCUGGCACUUCUUAACUUAUCAAGUAUUCAAUUUCAACAGGUUGUAGUGUUCUCGCUCGGCGUGUAAGAUAACGCGGAACUAAACACCGAGAUAAACCUUUGUCAAUAACGACAGGAUCACAGUAAGAUUAACCGUUUACUGUUCACUCUUCCACAUUGACGUAUGGUGAAAACUGUUGAUAAAACAAUACAAGAUUUGUACAGCAUUUGUUUCCUUCUUGAUAUUACAUUCACAUCGUAAAUACUUGCAAAAGUAAAACUACAACUACUACGUUACAUUAAAGUGCAGCAUACAGUCAGAGUCUACCUACGCCAUUGACUGCUUUAAAUACACUUCAACGCAAACUAUCUGCAACUCUUUAACUACCAAAAACAUAAACAUUAUCGACCGUUGUUACUUUUAACAGGAUCUGUGUUAACAUUUUAAUUCAACAUAUUGAUUAUCUCAUAACUCACAGCAUUGCUUUCACAAUGUUCCUGGUGCAUAGAGGGAAAACGUUACUGCUUGCUCGCGCUCGCACAUGUCUCGACCCCCCCACCUUCCCGUUUCUCCAAACCGGUAUUUUCCCACAGGACGCGGCGAAACUGGAUGUGACGUCAUUGCAUGCCGUGAAAUUUCACAGACAACUUUAAACAAUCCUAACUUUAACUAGAAUGCUAACAAACAAAUUACUAAGUGAAAAUAUUAUAAACUAAAUAACUGCCAUAAAGGCAACACACAGGUUCUCUCAGUAAUUGUUUAACACUGUGUGGGUGAUGAUGGGUAGUUGUCCUUGAUUUGACCUGGUCUCAGGGAGAUAUUUAGAGGAGAGAUUCAUGAGAAGAAACCUCUUCUUCAUCCAGAGAAUAGUCAAUCUCUGAGAUUCCCUGCCUCAAGGGGCUGGGGAGGCUGAGUUAUUGGCUAUAUUCAAGGCAGGAAUUGAUAGACAUUUCAAAAUUAGAGAAAUCAAGGCAAUGUAGAGUUAGUGCAGCAAAGUGCCACUGAGUUAAAAGAUGAAACAUGAUCUUAUUGAAAGCAUGCUUGGCGGCAUAAACAGCACUUGUAUUUCUUAUGUGUUGGUAUUCUGAUUUUAAAAAACACGCACACACACACAAAGUAUUACCUUCUGUGUUUACGUACUGUGGGUUUACCAGCCAGAAUAGUAAAUGCUACCUGCACUUCUCAGUAUCACUGCCUAAGAAACAUGGAAAACAAUUUUAAAGAUUAUUAUUUUCUCUGUAUCAAUAAGAUAGCUUGAAAUAAGCAACAACCAAAGUAUAUCUUAGUUCUAGAGAAGAUGGGAUCUACAGAGGAAAUAUACAAGGCUGCAAAAUCUGAUGUGUGUUGUAAGAACACUAGUUACUGUGCAUAUAUGUGUUGUGGCACACACUAAAGAUUGUUACCCCUUUUUAAAAUUGAGCAAAUAAACCAUCAUUUCUGAUAUUUUUCUGAAUUUU